CUCCGUGCUCGAGGAUCUGUAUACUCAUUUCUUCAACUAGAUCCUUGGAUUAAACAAGUGACAGACGCAAUGUCAUUCAGCUUCGGGUUCUCAGGCGACGACAUAGAAGAAGACACUACCACCGACAACCCCUCAUUGAAGAAUCAAAACCAGUCUACAACCACGACGAGCGAUGUACCCCCACCCAUCCCGGCUCAGACACAUGACUUGAGUGAAUUGCUCUCAACACUCCCCUCUAAAAUCGCAUACAACAUUCUCGAAACUACAUCGCCAAGUGGGAAAGUAGCGCGGAUCCCGCGCCGCGAGCUUUUCGAUGUGAAACUCCAGAUUAUGGCGGAGGAUGAUGGGACGACGGCAAAUCCGUUGUCUGGGUUAGAGACAUCAGACCUCCUCCCCUCAAUCUACGAAGGCGGCUACAAAACCUGGGAAUGCAGCCUCGACCUCGCCCGCUUCCUCCUCGACCGCGGCCCCCGCAAAGACAUCGACGACCUCGUCCGCGUCGACCACGUCAUAGAAAUGGGCUGCGGCACGGCCUUGCCUUCUCUGCUUCUUUUCCAGUACGCAGUCAAGAAUGGGCUGGGUAUAUAUUUCACGCUUACGGAUUAUAACGUCGAUGUGCUGAGGCUGGUCACUGUGCCGAAUCUGCUGCUGAAUUGGGUUGCGAGUUUGGAUGGAGAGAUGGGCGAGAAACUUUUCGAGGGGGCGGAAGGGGAGGGCGGUGAAGAGAAGGGGGGUUCGUUGGUCGGCGUUAGUGGGUUUGUUGACGGUUCGGUAUCAUCUACGACUACAACUACGACUGCAGCAGAGUCUUCUUCUACUGGUGCGAACGAGGAGCAGCAAGCCCAAGGAGAACUCCACAUCACACCCCACCUCCUCUCCGCAUUCGCGGAACACCUCCAAUCCACCGGUCUAACGCUCACGCUGCUGAGCGGCUCAUGGCAUCCUACUGAUAGUCUGCUGCCGCUGAUCCCAUCUACGCCGUCAUUGAAUACGCUGCUCCUCGCGUCGGAAACGAUAUAUUCUCCAGCCUCGCUGCGGGCCUUCACUGCGGCUAUGGCGGCACUGUUGAAGCGGGUGAAAGAAGGGAAGGCACUGGUAGCUGCGAAGCGCGUGUAUUUUGGCGUUGGGGGUAGCGUGGAUGGGUUCCGGGUUGAAUGUGGAGGGGUUGGGUGUGUGGCUGGCGAGGUUGAGUUUGAGGGCCUGGAAGGGGGAGGUGUGAGGAGGGUGAUUUGUGAUGUGCAAGUGUGUUGAGUGGGGUCGAAAUCUAAUUAAAUGCGUUAUGGAAUUCGAGAUGUGAGAUUAGGAGUGGGAUGCGUUGGACAGGACAAAAAUGGGGAAUGAUGAUUGAAUUCGGAAUUGAAUGUGCCAUCUAUCUACACCUAUGGGGAUCUGGGGAAGAAAGAAAAGGAAACAAGAGACGACGGCUAGGGUCUACAUUGAGAAAUCAUUCAGAGCCAUGAACAAAGUUGAAGGAAGGGAACCUCUUUAGCCAGCAGAUCUAAUCACCAUUCAAGCUGGUCAAGUUCUUCUGGCCAUAACGGGUCAGACUCCUCGGAGGGAGGGUUUGGUGCCGGUGUCUCAACCAUUGACUGUUGUUGUUCCUGCUGAGAUUGUUCCGCCUGCUGUUUUUCCCGCUGUUCUCGUUCUAAUUGUUGUUGAUUCUGCUAGAAUAUCAUCUGCUGCUGUAUCUGCUGCUGUAGUUUUUGCUGCUGUAGUUUUUGCUGCUGUUGCAUCUGCUGCAGGUAUAUCUGCUGCAGUGGCACUUGCUGCAGUUGCACUAGCUGCAGUUGCGCUGGCGAUAGUUGUACUGGCUGCAGUUGCAUCUGUUGCUUUUGCAUCUGCUGCAGUUGCAUCUGCUGCUGUUGUAUCUGCUGCAUUUGCAGUCGGGCCUGCUGCAGUUGCAUUUGCUGCCGCAUUCUCUGCUGUAGGUGCAUAUACAACUGUUGCUGCUGCUGUAGUUGUAUUUGCAAUUGUUGAUCCUCCUGCUGUAGUCUCUGAGACUCCUGCAUCCGCCAUUCUCGUGUCUUCCGCUGUAUUUCCCGCUUUUCUGCUUGUCGUUGCUCCCGCUCUUUCUGCUGCCUUUCCCGCUUCUCCGCCUGUCUUUGCCGCUUUUCCACCUGUCGCUGCUCCCGCUCUUUCUCCUGUCUUUCUCGCUUUUCCAUCUGUCGCUGCUGCCGCUCUUUCUCCUGUCUUUCCCGCUUUUCCGCCCGCUGUUGCUCCCGCUCUUUCGCCUGCCUUUCCCGCUUUUCCGCCUGCCGAUUCUCACCACGAACAUCGGCUA